AUGCGUGACAUCGCGAGCCUCUUCGGGGGCCAGUACCAGACGAUAUUUGGGGGUGGUCCAAGCUGUACGACGGGAGGCAGCCUCGGAGGCAGCAAUGGAGACUGCAGCGGAGCGGGACCACAACGCCGACGUUCGGAAAGCCUCGGUCCAUUCCGGCGAAGGCUGCGCAGUGAAUUCUCACUGCUCGAUUACUUCUUCCACCAACCGAAACAUGGCCGGCACACGCGCUACCCGAACCGAACGUUCAUGCUUAUGGCCGCCGGCUUCAUGUUCAUCAUCUGCGGCGCACUUGUGCACAUCCUCGAUCCGUAUUUGCUGAUAUUCAAGUGGAAACUAAUUUUCCAGGAAGGGUCGGAAAUAUUCAACCUCUGGCGCACGCCACCAGUCGAUUUGUACAUCAAAAUCUAUCUCUUUAACGUGACGAACGCGGAAGACUUCCUGGCGGGACGCGCCGACAAGAUGCAGAUCGAGGAAGUUGGUCCGUACGUGUACAGGGAGCUGAUGUCGCACGAUAAUAUCACGUUCAACGAGAAUGGAACGCUCUCGACGAGACCACAUCAUCCGCUCAUUUUCCAGAAGGGCCUGUCCGGGAACCUGCGUGAGGACGACGUGUUCAUGAUGCCGAACAUCGCACUGCUGAGUAUAGCAAACGUGGCUGCAUCAAAGCCGUACUUCCUGCAAUGGCCAAUUAACCUGCUGAUACGGCAAACGAAUGUACAACCGCUGGAGCGCCAAACAGCUCGAGAGUUCAUGUACGGUUAUCCGACUACGCUGACCACGCUUGGUUACACGUUUCUGCCCAAUUGGAUUUCGUUCGAUAAAGUCGGGCUCAUCGACAGGAUGUACGAUUUCGAUGAUGACUUCGAGACGUUCUACACCGGCGAAACGUCGGCGAGUAUGUCUGGGCUGUACGAUACCUACCUCGGAUCGCCAGAUUUGGCCCAAUGGAACGGCACCCACUGCAGCAACAUUCGGAACGCGUCGGACGGCACCAAAUUCAAGAGCUUCGUCGAACCGGACGAUCAGCUGCUGUUCUUCCGCAAGAGCAUGUGCCGGGCGCAGAUCCUGAUCCAAAAUGGCACCGAUCACGAGGUGAACGGUUUGAAGGCGACGAAGUUCGUGUUCGAGGAGAACGCGCUCGAUAAUGGCGAAUUCGAUCCGCGCAACAAAUGCUACUGCCGGAAGGGCAAAUGUCUGCCGCGUGGUCUGAUCGAUGUGACCAGCUGCUACUACGGAUUCCCGAUCGCUCUCAGCUAUCCACACUUCCUGGAUGCCGAUCCAAAGGUGCUAGAGUACGUGAAUGGAUCCAGACCGGACUCGAAGAUACACAGGAGUCACUUCAUGAUCAACCCCGUCUCUGGACUUCCGUUGCAGCUGUCGGUCAAGUUUCAGAUCAACAUGGUGCUGGAGGAUCUGAGUGGCAUGUCGCACUGCGAGAAGUUCUCCAACCUCGUCGUACCUGCACUCUGGUUCGAAAUCACGAUGCCGGGCCUGCCAAAGACGCUGCUGUCGCGCUUCAUCUUCUAUCUGAAGAUCCUACCCUUCGGUGACCAGGUGGUGAAGCACAGUCUGCUUGCAUUUGGGGGCAUUUUGCUGCUCGUUGCCAUCACGAAGGUGUCCCUUACGCUCUCGUCCGCGUACUCGUCGGCGUAUCGCAUCUCCAACGAGCUGCGGGAAAGCUUAUGGUAGCAGCAACCCGGUACGAGUUGCCCCAACCGUUGAGGAAGUGCAAUGCAUGCGAACACAUACAUACACCACUACAACAGCAACCACCACCACCAGGCCAAAAGUGAGAUGCUUUCCCGGGACAAGCAUUGAAACUAGAGUAGGAGAUUUCAGCUAAUUGUUUAAGUUUUAUAUCUAAUUUAAGGUAAUUGUUAAUAAUAAUCUGGAGAGAAAAUUCCAUUCGCAGUUCUUGUGUAGUUACUACAGCUGACGGCUAGGUGGCGCUCGAACACAAGCUUUCACUACUCGCCGCAAGGAAGCGUACAUCUCCUUCUCUAUGAACAUGACCAUCGAUCAACUGGCAACGUUUGAUCCUUAAAUCAUUUCUUUCUGGCGUUUAUUUGUUAUAAACGAUCUUAACAUACCCUUUCUCAA